AAUGAGGAAGAUACGUCGGUAUAACGUAUGUGAGAUAGCGGAACAUAACGAGUGCUAGAGAUUUCCAUGCACUUUCGUGGAAAAUGUGCAACAUAAUAGAUCUGGUCCAGCGCCCCAAACUUCUUCAACUAAACGCGUUUCAGAGCUCAGUCCCCAUUCGUCCCCUUCAUAUUCUUCUCUUCUAAGAAAGCCAUUUCAAUUCCAAUUUCCAAGUUCAAAUGCGUUGUUGAAAGUUUCCCAUAUAUAUUUCGUUCUCCUUCUCUCUAGCUCCUCCUCAAAAUCCUAGAGAGAGAGAGAGAGAAGCAAACCAGACCAGCCAAGGCCAUCCAAAAACAGAGCAGGUGCUAUGGGUAAGAAGCUUGAUGCUCUGUUUGGAAGGGCCUUCAAGGCUUCAAAAUUCAAGCCUCUCGUUAAUCUCGCCAUUUCCCGCCUCGCUGUCCUCAGGAACCAGCGUCAAGCUCGCUUCAAACAAGCCCGUUCUGAUGUGCUCGAGCUUCUGCAACUGGGUUACCAUGAACGUGCACUGCUUCGCGCCGAGCAUGUGAUCAGGGAGCAGAAUUUGUUGGAUGUGUAUGAUAAGCUUGAAGGGUACUUGAACCUCUUGGUCGAAAGGGUCCACCUCAUUGAGCAAGAAAGGGAAUGUCCAGAGGAACUGAAUGAGGCAGCAUCGGGUUUGGUAUAUGCGUCUUCAAGGUGUGGAGAAUUUCCAGAGCUUCAAGAGAUUCGUGCAGUGUUGACGACUCGAUUUGGUAAAGAGUUCGCUGCUCGCGCCAUUGAGCUGCGCAACAACUGUGGAGUUCACCGUCAGAUAAUACAGAAAUUGUCAACAAGGAUGCCAAGCCUGGAGAGCAGAAUGGAGGCACUCAGAGAAAUUGCUUCGGAGAAUAAUAUUGUUCUGCAGCUCGAAGAAGCCUCUUCUGGUGGUGAAGUUGAGGGACCAUUGGAUGUGAAAAAUGAAAACAAACCCAAGCCUGAAAGACGGGAAAAAGAGAAAAUCCAUAUUUCAAGUAAUGGAGGAAAAGAUGAUGAAUUUUCUGAUUCCCUCGAGACAAGGAAGAAGUAUAAGGAUGUGGCAGAUGCAGCACAGGCAGCUUUCGAGUCGGCAGCAUAUGCAGCAGCAGCUGCGAGAGCGGCUGUCGAGCUCUCGCGAUCUGAAUCGCAUGAUCCUCCUCCUCCUGAUGAUGACAACACUCUUGAUGAUGGUGGUAGUAACUCCAGGGAAGAAAAUAUGUCUCAAGUGGUAGAUAAGGAAAUCGUUGAAGAAAAUCAAGGUGAAGAGUUUAGCAAGAGUGACAAUGAAGAAGAUGCGAAAGAGGCUGCAGUGUCAGUGGUUGCAGAAGUAGAUGCUCAUCCUCUUAAAGAAGAACCAGUUUUUGAUGAGAGUGAGAAUGAAGCAGAUAGUGAACAUGAGGGCAAGCAAUCUUUAAAGCAGAUAUCUUCUAAGAGUCACGACGGUAUAGUGGCUGGUUCUGACCUUAAGGAUCCAAUCUUAAAGACAGACACAGGAUUCAAGAAUAACAACCCACAGUCUGUCAACUUGGAGAAGUUGAAGAAGCCAUUUUCGGUGAGGACCAAACGAGUUUUGGGUUUUUGAGUAAGGACGAGUGCAUGUAGUGUGUUUACUUUGCUUGUAGGAUAGAAUCUUGUGAGAAUAUUUUAAGUAGAUUCAAUUUGCGAAAUUAAACGGAGUAAGUUAAUUAUAAAGAGACAUGUAAAUAUCCCUAACAUAUUUACAUGUGUUCAUAUAAUUAACUUGGUCUGGUUUUCUUUCGUAGAUCUGUUUCUACUUAAAAAUCUCUCAAGUUUUGCCCAUAGAUUAGGCUGUGUGUUAAUUGUUUCAUCUGUUAAUUUUGUUUGCCAUCCAUUCCCAGAGAAUGCAAAAUUGAUUUGGAUACAAUGAGUGUAAGAAAUUGUUUACAUAAUUGAACUGUUGAAGGGAUAACUAUAUGGGAUCGUGCAAUUCAACAUAGUCCUCUGCAUUACUGUCUGAAGAGUUACUUUCUCUAGGCAAGGACAGGCAAAAGAAACUUGAUAAUGAUAAUGGGGAGAAAUUUCUGGGAAUGAAAAUUCGCUUUCAA